AUGCCUAUGCCAAAGCAGACUGAAUUUGCGACCGUCCGUCUUGCCAGGCUAAUAUUAGGACUGGAGAGCCGUGUUUCUAUGUUGCGACAAUCGAGCCAGGUCAACGUGGGCGCUAUGUGUGGUCGAACCUUGCAAUACCGCAUCCCUCCUGAUCCACGUACUAUACAGCAAUCUGUGAAUGCAGCGCAACGCAAAUCAACACCUAAUCCGCCUCCGGUGGUUGCUGUACCCGGCAGCUCCCGCACUGGAGGGCCAGAUGUUAGAAUUCCUACAUCAUGGAACGAUUCAUCAACAACUCUGUUUACGGGUGCCGGUGCCAUUGGGUAUUCAUCACAACAUGUUCUCUACGCUGCUGAGCGUGACCGCUGGGGCAAAAUCACAUAUGCUUCAUCUCUAGCAGAGACAAUUUUGCUUAAAAUUACUGCGGUUCAUGAAGGUGCUGGAGCUCGCAAAAAAGGCGGAGUCACUAUUGGAAAUAUAUGUGAGGGUAAGAAGGACAUCGACGCUCAAAUCGAUGCGCCUAGACUCGUUGAGCUAGCAUUGGAGACCAUUGUCCCAAAGUUACGCAAAUUCGGUGGAGAAUUUAUCUGCCAUCUCGCAAAGGCACCAAAUCAACUUUCAAGUCUAAACAAUUUGCACUGAUGGUCGUUGUCCCAGAGGUUCAAUGGAACGAAUAUGAAAAUUGGUUGGAACUUCGUGCCAAAAUGGUAUGCAUUUUGGAUGUUGUCUUGUCUGAUUACCAACACUAACCAUGAUUUUGCGGUCCAGGAAGCGGAAGCUACCCGAACAAGCUGUACGCAGUCUAGCGAACAUGCCACUGCGCACACGACUGCUCACAAAGCCGUCAGUUGCAAUGUUCUGUUAAGACCAUGCACAAAGGGUAGGACUGAUUCCAAGGGGCUUGGCUUCAGCUCAUGCGCUGCGCCCCUUACCCGAG